AGGCAUAUAUUCUGUUGCAAAUACUCAACAGGCGAUGUCAACUUUAAUGAUUGGAUUUAUUUAUCAUGUUGAAAAUGUGAAUAAAGCAUUUUAACUCGCUGGGGGGAAACAACUGUUGGGACUACGGGGAUGUUUUUGCUGCGCAUGCGCGGAGGCGGUCUUUUCCAACCGACGCCUAGCCAGCCGUCAGAAUUCAGAAAUGCGUCUGUCUGCCUCAGGUAAUGGAAGACGAGGGUCAAAUCACGUUUACUCUAACAAUUUUACACAGAGUUCUCGCGACUGUCUUCAUAGACGGGAAGGAAACAUGGAGAAAACUAUUCACAGUUGGAAGUGUUGGAGAACUGAUUAACUCAGCCAAAACGGAGCUCUCUCAACAAGUAUCUAUUGAUCGAAUACUGAGAUUUGACACAGAUUUUCAAGAAUUUAUUGACAUCGAUGUUAAUUCAGAAGUGAAGGAGCUUGACAAAUUCCAAAUAUAUUAUACUGCUAGUAUCACACAGGAUCCAUUAGAUGGAAGAGUUGAGUCAUUACUGUUUCAUUCAACAGAAGUAAGCCGGACUGUCACCACAACUGUCACCACAACUGGUCUGCUGACACUGCUCGAGGAAAAGGCCCCUACAAUCUUGAGAGAACAUGAAGACACAAAGACAUUGUCAAUUUCUUUGAGAAAGUUACUUGUUAAAGUGGCUGUGAGUGACCUUAUAGAAAAGCAUGGAUUCUAUCCAUCUGGUACAGAAAAGCUGGCACUGGCAAAGGAGAUUGUGUCACUGUUCCCCUCAUUAAGGAUUAAUGUCCCAUUUGGCGAAAAUGAAGGACAUGAGCAUUUUUUUGAUGGGCCAUCACACAGUGGAUUUAUAGAAAUGAGACUACGGAACAUCAGAUGGAAACUUCAACAGAGCCAGCGGAUCUACAAUUUGAAACGACGUCUUCCUACAGACCAACCUUCUCUGCCGAUUACUGAUGAAACAGUGCCCACUGAGUGGUUGACCUUGAUAAAGAGGAUGCGACCCUCUCCAGAGAACUCAUCGUCAAUAAAGACUGCAAUUGACCAAACCUUCAGUUACCGUAGAAGAUGGAUAACGACGAAAUCGCCAACUGUUGGUCAAAUCUUCAAGGAAUAUCCCAGAUUUCUGGACAUGCCAGCCUUGGUGGACAUUGAAUUUUCCAAGAUGACCAGAUGGGAAAGAAGACAUGUUUAUCAAGAAAUGGGAGGGGACGAUUAUCCCAAAACUCAAGGAAAUAGCAUCCUUUGAGAAAAAAAUGUACAUCAGACACUUAUUGGAGAAAGCUGACAAUCAGCAGGAUGAUGAGCUGUGUUACACUAUGUUAAGGAUCCUCGUUCAUCUUCUUCCACCCACGGCAUCUGGGAGAAGCGUCGCCGGCAGUAAAUGCUGUGUCAAUUCUGCUAUCUCAUACUUGUUGGAACUGGUGCCGGCUGGUACCAUUGUGACGUCUUUGCUUCAAGAAGGCAUGAACGGGUCUCUAAAGUCAACACAACCGCAGCUGGUUUCCAUCGGCUCUCCAGGACAUGAAGCCCAGUAUGUAAUUGUGGCAAAGAAUGAUUCUUUUGCUUUUCCACUUGAUGUUGAAAACCUCACUUGUGCUGUUGACAAACUUUUCAAAUUCUACUGGCUGUGUAAUCUUCAAUAUCCAUGCCAACUGUCUUCAGUUUUCUCAUUUUUUGAGUACGUAUAUGACCUUCCUUUGUCCCAGUCCACUUGCAAACGAUCAAAGGUUAUGGAAUUGAUUGCUAAAUUGCAGUCUUGUGCCUAAUUGAAACAGACCAUGUAUACAUGUCCAAAGUGCUUGCAAAAUAUUUUUGUCCAAACAAAACAGUUGAUUUGGCAUUUAAGGGAAGUACAUGCACUCUCUGAUAGCCAAAACCUAACAUUAAUCUGUAGUCAAAAUGGUUGCCCCAGAACAUAUCAUAGUUUUAAUUCAUUUUCUAAACAUCUUAGCAGAGCUCACUCUAAUUCAAGCCCUACUGUAGAGUCAGGACACACUGAAAAAACAGAUGUAUUCUGUCAAAUUGAUGAAAGCAGAACAAAUAACCUAGGCGAGAAUGUCGAAAUGUCUGAAAUAGAGGAAGUUCAUCAGAGCAGUUUAAAUCUAACGGACUAUGCUGCUACUUUUGCUGCCCGCAUGUAUGCUUCUGCUAAUGUAACUUAUACUGAUGUCCAAAAAGUAUAAC